GUUUUGAGUCUUGAAAACCUCCAACCAUGACGACUUGAUCCAUCGCCAUCAUGAUCGAACCUUCGAUUCGACUGCGGCGCGCAAUCUACGCGGGCGACGCACUGCUCGUGAAGCGCAUCCUCAAAUCCCACCCAUCGCUCCUCCACAAUCCCGAUACCUCUCCAGUUGGGCUCUCCAACUCCAACAUGCACCUUGCCGCCUCGCUCGGCCACAAGGAGGUCUGCAAGGUGCUCCUAGAAGCCGGCCACGAAUAUCCAUGCCCCGCCCUCAACGAGAAUCACCAGACGGCACUCAUGCUUGCCUCUGGUGCUGGCCACACGGAAGUCGUCCACUUGCUGUGCGAGAACGACACAGAUUGCAUUCUACGAAGAGACGUCCGCGGCCGAGAUGCCGUCAUGGAAGCCAGCGUAGGCGGCCACGAUACUAUACUACAACUGCUGCUAACAUAUGUCCCCGGAGGACCUUAUGAGGCGGUGCAAAGAGCUGAUGCGGAAGGAAAUACGGCUCUCCACUAUGCAAGCGGUAAUGGCAACUUGCUAGGCCUGCGGACCUUGCUCGCAGCCGGUGCGGAUGUUGAGAGGCGCAACAUCUGGAACUGGACGCCGGCCGCGUAUAGCGCUACUGUGCAGGCCGAAGUUUACCUGAAAGGCUUGGUUUCUGAGGUGGGAAGGCUCCAGCAGCAGCAGCAGCAGCAGCAGCAGCAGCAGAAACGCAAGAAGGAGGUCGAGGUAGCCGCCAAGAAGAUGGCUGUUGGAACUGUGAGGAUAGUGCGAGAGAAUAGCAUUGAAGACGAACGACUUUACGCCCUCUGAUGUAGGAGACGCUUCAUGCGUGGAAAGCGAUAUACGACUCUCUUAUAAGACGAUAACCAAGAAAAAGAUUGACAAAGCUGGUUUAUGGGUGAUGGGUUGCGAUAAAGCCUCUUGUUUUUUUUUUAUGCUGUUUACUGCGUUUGCCUAACUGGGCUUGGAGUAUGGAGCACAAAGUAUGGAACACAGCACAGAGAGAAGAGCAGAUAGCCGUGAUUUAAAAUAUGCUUUCAACCAUUUGGUCCCGGU